AUGGCAUCAGAACAGGGACUGGCUCGACUAUGGAAGACCAAGCGGGUCCAACAAGAUCUCGCGAGGUAUCUAAGAAACAAGGACCUCACUGCAUGUCGUCUAGUAUGUCGCAAGUUCGCUGUCUAUCUCGCACCAAUCCUAUUCGCGGAUAUUGAAGUCCGUUUUCGCAGCAGCACUUUCAACAGACCAUCGCGGAUGGCAGCUUUAGAGCGCAUCGGGGGACACAUUAAAGCCAUGACGUUCAAGAUCCCACAUGAUAGGGAGACUUUUUUGCCUCCAAUCCUAGAUCCAAUCAUGGGGACAGAACAGUCCUUCAUCUACAAACCACAACGGUGCCAGCUUGGUGACAGUGGCUCUAGAUAUGGCAACCGGCGAAUGACAGAGCUGUUGGUCAAGCAGUAUCCGCCUCUGUUCCAUGCAUCUACCGACAUCCCAUCAUUUGUCCAGGCGUUGACAAUGAUGGACGGUUUGCAACAUAUGCGAGUCUCCUGCGAGGGCCAAAUACCAAGCCAUCGGUACCGCCGAAGUGUAGUAGAUUAUGCAUUGAUCUCACUGCGAAUGGCAAUCGAACAAGCACCAUUAAAACGUCUCCACACCCUGUCAUUGCUAUCAGUCCAUCCAGGAGCGGUUCUUUACCUCCAUCCAGCUCUAGGAUUUGGUGCUUCACCUGCAUCUUGCAAGCGCUGGUCCCAGAUCCGCAAGCUCACAGUCCACAUGACGAGUUUCGGCCAUGAGCCAGGUCAACCGACGGACCAUCUCAAGCUGCUCCAUGCAUACCUAGGAAGCUUUCUAUCUCUGCAAAGAUUGGCCUUUCAUUGGGAAGGCGAGAGGGGCCUCUCGCCCCUGUCAUUUGCAACAGAGCCGAGCCUAAACAACGCAGCUAAAGGGAAGCCAACACAAUCCUGCCCCCAGAGAUGCGCGUUACCAUUACGGCCUUUGAAAUUCGAAAACCUUCAGCAGAUGGAACUAGUCAAUGCAAGAAUGGAUGCGUCGCAAGUGGCGUCUUUUAUCCAGGAGCACCGUUGUACUCUACGCGAGAUUAAUUUUGAAAAUGUAGUACUCCGCAGCGGUAAUUGGGACGACGCGCUCGCGCCAUUGACACGACUCAGUGGUAUCGAGGGGUGGAAGCAGGGUCAGCGUGACAACGACAGCGUGGAUGUGCCGAUAGUAUUGAGUCCAGCGGGAGUCAGCAAGAAACAGUUACAGACAGCGAUUUGUGCUUUGCAGCAAAAGGAACCGAGGACGUCGAGGAAUUUGGCUAAAGCACGAUCUCGGACACGCGAGCUGCUGUUGGGGAGCCCGGAUCAUAUGAAGCGACUGCUGCGGUCUUCCGUGUUUAGUUGGCGGUGA